AAUUUGAUAAUACACCCAUUAAACCAUAUACCAUUGAUGACAGCGGACGAUUCUCUAAGAUGGCAGUUAUUGAUUGCAGAGGAUUAGAAUUUGUGGAUUUUGAUCCGAGGACUGGUUUUAAAGCUAACGGUGCUGAAAGCAAAACGAUUUUUGAUGACAUUGAUUUAACGUCGAAAGGAGAUUGGGCAGAUUAUGAUGAAGAGGCUGGAGUUCCCGUUGGGAUUUCCGAGAUAGAG